AGAAGAAUUACCAUCAUUUCUUCUGCGCGUCCUUAAAAAGUGAGCGUUAAACCGACGGGGCAAAAAAAUCUAUCGCAAGAAGAAUGAUUAAAUCAGAAGUAGAAACUGAAGAACGCGAAGACGAAUGCACGAUUACGUUAGCGUGUUUCUGUUGCGACUUCGAGACGCCCAACAUCGACGAGCUUGACGAGCACAUACUUGUCAAUCACGGCGAGGAAAAUUCCGACGAGAAAUUUGAAAUCGUCGCCGACGAGCCGGCCAAACCCAAGCCCAAAGCCAAGAAAACCAGAAGCCCGACGUCCCGGUCCCGAGGUAAGUUCGUCUACAGCAACCGGGAUACGAAGUUCGAGAUAUGCCAGGACACCGAGCAGUUCUCCAUCGGCGACGAUGCGGACAGCCCGCGGCCGAAACGGGCCAAACGCACCCCUGCCGAAGAGAUGAACUGCCACUUGUGCUCGUUCGUCACCAGGAAGAAGAGCGUUUUGGCUACUCACAUGCUCAACCACUCCGAUGUGAUUCCUCCGGUCUACUACAAAUGUUCCUUGUGCCCCUAUCAAACUAAGAGGAAGAACGAUAUGCCCAAGCACAUGUUGGGCCACUGCAGUAACGAUAGCGUGCCGCUUUAUAAAUGCAAGUACUGCCCGUACUUGACGAAGAGGAAGGGAGACUUGCCUAAACAUGAGAUGAACCACGCCGAACGAGAUAAAAUAGUCUCCUGGAAUUGCUCCGAAUGUGAAUAUUCUUCCAAGAGGAAAAAUGACCUGCAUAAGCAUAUGCUAACGCACAGCGAUAGACAUGUAUCGGGCGUGUUCAAAUGCCUGAAAUGCUCCUACGCUACCAACAAGGUGAUCAAAUUCUCUCGUCAUGUGUUGAGCAAAUGUAAACUUUGGGAUGAGCCCGUCAACUUGGAACACCUGUUGCUGGAAGAUAUCUUGGCUAGUGUCGAUGAAAAUGGUGUUCAUGUUGUGCUCGAAUCUGAUUCGGAAGGAGAAAAUCAAGUACAAAUUGAAAACGAAUAUGGAGAAGGAGUGGAGUAUGUUGAAUACAUUGAAGGCAUCGAAGAGGAAGAAACGGAAGCUGUUGUUGUUGAAGGAGAAAUUGUAGAAGGGGAAUAUAUACAAGAAGAAGGUGAGAGUGAAAUGGUUGAAAUUCAAAGUGAAGAACCAGGAGAACCGCUAAAAACGGAAGCCAAAGAUUAGUUAGUUUUUUUUAUAAGCUAUUUCUAUCUUUAGAGUUGGUUUUUAAGUUUGUUGGCAAUGCCUAUCAUUGUAUUUUUUUAAUUUUCAUGCUUAAACCUAUGAAAUUGUCUUACAUUAUUUCGGUUUAUAUUUUUACAGAUUAGAUUAUAGACUAUGUAUAUCGAAACAAUUAUUCA